CCCUGGUACUCAGUGAGCAGCGGCCCGUCGCGCUACGUGCUCGGGAUGCAGGAGCUGUUCCGGGGCCACAGCAAGACGCGCGAGUUCCCGGCGCACAGCGCGAAGGUGCACUCGGUGGCCUGGAGCUGCGACGGCCGUCGCCUGGCCUCGGGGUCCUUCGACAAGACGGCCAGCGUCUUCCUGCUGGAGAAGGACCGGCUGGUCAAAGAAAACAAUUAUCGGGGACAUGGGGACAGCGUGGACCAGCUCUGUUGGCAUCCAAGUAACCCCGACCUCUUCGUCACAGCCUCUGGAGAUAAAACCAUCCGCAUCUGGGACGUGAGGACUACGAAAUGCAUUGCUACUGUGAACACCAAGGGGGAGAACAUUAACAUCUGCUGGAGUCCUGACGGGCAGACCAUUGCUGUAGGCAACAAGGAUGACGUGGUAACCUUUAUUGAUGCCAAGACACACCGCUCCAAAGCAGAGGAGCAGUUCAAGUUUGAGGUCAACGAAAUCUCCUGGAACAAUGACAAUAACAUGUUCUUCCUGACAAAUGGCAAUGGUUGCAUCAACAUCCUCAGCUACCCAGAGCUGAAGCCUGUGCAGUCUAUCAAUGCUCACCCUUCCAACUGCAUCUGCAUCAAGUUCGACCCCACGGGGAAGUACUUUGCUACAGGAAGUGCAGAUGCGCUGGUCAGCCUCUGGGACGUAGACGAGUUAGUUUGUGUCCGUUGCUUUUCCAGGCUGGAUUGGCCCGUGAGGACGCUCAGUUUCAGCCAUGAUGGGAAAAUGUUGGCAUCAGCAUCAGAAGAUCAUUUUAUUGACAUAGCUGAAGUAGAGACAGGAGACAAGCUAUGGGAGGUGCAGUGUGAGUCCCCGACCUUCACUGUGGCCUGGCACCCCAAAAGGCCUCUGCUGGCAUUUGCCUGUGAUGACAAAGAUGGCAAAUAUGACAGCAGUCGGGAAGCUGGGACCGUGAAGCUGUUUGGGCUUCCUAAUGAUUCCUGAGACGACGCAGGUGGGAGGCCCUGGUGGAGGGCUUCCUGCGUACAGUUAGCUUCGUCUGCUGUCUUGGAGUUGGUGGACACCCUAAAUAUUUGUAAAUUGGUAUAAAUUAUGAAAGGUUUGUUAGGCUGCCCAUUCCAUUUCCAUUUCUGUUUUUUGUGUUAGCUGUUUUUGUUCUUUCUGCUAUAGUAUAAGUUAGCUAAUGAUCGGGGUAAUGACCCCGGCGUCCCUUGUCCUCUGGGGGCCCCCGUCUUCCUAAACCGGUGAGAUAUGGUGGACUUUGUUGAGCCUCAUACUGCUUAGACUGUACUUACUUUGGAGGGAGGGGUAGGGAAGGGGGGGGAAUGGAGGUUUUUUAAUAAUUAUAAAGGAAAUAUUUAUAAUUUUGAGAGU